AUGCAUCUUGAUAUUAAAUCCAGGAGUGGCAGGUGUGCCAACCUCGAUGUUGAAUGGAGCCACCCAGGCCGCUCUAACCAAAAGAUGCAAAACGUGGAGGCGCAAGUCCACCCACAAUCCUACUCUCCACCAAACUCGACUAUGUUCCAAUCAGCACGGUCCGAACCACCGACGCCGUUCUGUUCUUCACAAGUAAGACGAUGGGAUUAUCCGCAGGAGAAACAGCCCAAAAAACCAGCACGCAAAAAAUCGUCACCGACUCGUGAUCUAUCGAGUGUCAUAAAACACAUCCUUCAAUCCUUUGCAAAAAUGAGUGAAGAGUCGGUUCUUCAUGGGCUCAAUAUUGAUGAAGAUGCCAUUCACAACGAUCUCCACCGCUCAUCCGGCGCGGCCAGCAGCGUCAACCGGGACCUCGAACUAGCCAUGUGGACCAACCUUCAUUUCCCAGAAGAACCAAUUUUCUCUCCCGAACGUGACCAAGC